AUGUUGUAUACACCACGUCUGGUGAAUGGCCGGCCUGUGGCUCUAACAUGGCCCAUGACAUUCUAUCGUCGCUUCAACAUCAUCUGUUGGCCUCUGGAGGAUAAUGCCGUCUGGUGGACCCACAUCUUUACGACAGUCAUCUAUAUGGUGUCCUUUCUCAUAUUUGUCAUGCACAACGAUGCUGAGGUCCGGUAUCUGCGUGUGAAUUUUCAUAAUCUCGAUGAUAUGUUGACUGGGAUACCGACCUAUUUUGUACUGAUCGAAAUCCACAUUCGGGCCUUUACGUCGGCCUUCGAGAAGAAGAGUUUCAAAUGGAUGUUGAGGAAGUUCUAUGCGGAGAUUUUUAUUGAGGAAUCCCUUAGACCAGACAUUCAUGCCGGAAAUUUACGCAGCUAUUAUCCUGUGCUGGCAUUUUCAAUUCUCUACCUGUGUGCCCUGCUAAGCUACAUAGUCUUCACCAUCUAUGGUCUGGCGGUGGGUGAGAAACCCCUACCCUAUAAAAUGAUACCGCCAUUCGACUACAACAGCUGGUAUAUUUAUACCCCUUUGGUCCUGAGUAGUCUAUGGGUGGGGUUUAUUGUGGCCUCCACCAUUGUGGGGGAAUCCUAUGCCCUGACUAUGUUUGUGCACAAUCUCGAUGGUCGUUAUCAGAUGAUGGGAGAACGCCUAAAUAUGGGUGUUGAAAACAUUUUGAAAUUUUCAUCAAACGAUUCAGAGGCAAUUGAAAAAUUCCAUAGAAUUCUGAUAGCUACGCUGAAGGAAAACAUCCGUUUGAAUAAAUUUGCCCAAGAAAUUCAGAGAGAAUUUUCAUUUCGUAUUUUUAUAAUUUUCUCAUUUUUGGCGGCAACGCUUUGCGUUCUGGUCUUCAAGGUUUAUACGAGUCCUGUCAACAGCAUACCCUAUGUGUUCUGGACCAUUGGAAAAGUGCAAGAGACCAUUGCAUUUGGACAAAUUGGAACGACAAUUAUAAGCAGAACAGACGCCCUCAGUUCAAUGUACUAUGAAUCGAAAUGGGAAGCAGUUAUCCAACACUCGUCGAAUGCCAAGGCCAAUGUCUCUUUUUUUGUGCUUUGCAGAUACUUCAAGGUGCUAGCUCAUAUUUUACAUUUCUCAUAUCGUUACGUUGAAGAUGAUAGCAUGGAUUAG